CUGGAUGAGUCAAAACAUCGGAGGUGAGAGUACGAAGAGCAAGAGAGACUCGGAAAAAACCUGUUGGACUCUCUCACCUGAGGGAAAAACCUCGACCGCCCGAGGAGGGAUACAGACAUUUCUGGGUAAAACUCAACAGUUGAAAGGAUUAGAGUUUAACCUCUAUACUGAAGGAUUAGAGCACUACCUGCUUCUGUUCCCACGUUUCAUCGACUCCAAGAGUCUGUCGUUCUGGGAUAUUCAAGAGGCAACAUCUGAUUCCCACCUCAUCUCCGACUUUAUCACCUGAACAAAGGAUUUUCUACAGAAACCUUAGCGGAGAGAGAACUCCCUGCUCGUUCACCUGCUGUGGUCAAAUCAACAUCUGAGGAAGAGAAGAGGGAAGUACGGGCGUCAGUCGGUGGUUUGACCCCCUGCUGUGGUCACCACCACAAGCCACUAAUUCACCCCUGAGCCUGCCAAGUACAGUUUGACUGAGCGAGGGAACACCUGCUGGGAUUCGGGCUUCGUACCAAAGCAAAGGUCCGAUUCCUCUGCUGGGUUCGGACUCUUCUCCGUGAUGAUGGCUUGGCUCCAGCUGUGGACCAUGGGGCUCAUGGCCACGAUGGCCUUAUCCGUCCCUGACCUUCCCGUGGCGGAAACAGAGAAACGCGGCCUCGUCGGAAUCGUGAAGAAGGAGACGCAUCCCGUCCUGUUCCGGCAGAAGAGAGCCUGGAUCUGGAACUCUCUCUACGUGGAAGAGGAAAAACCUGCACCCGCCCCCUACAAGAUAGGACAACUGAAGUCCACCCAGAAAGUGGAGGUGAAGAGAUUUAGGAUCGAGGGUGAAGGAGCGAACACCAUCUUCACUGUGGAUCCCAAAGGAGACCUGUACGUCACCAGGCUCCUGGACCGAGAGGAGAAGAGCUCCUACCAUCUGGUCGCCAAGAUGUUUGACGGGAACAACAAGCUCAUAGAGGACACUGGAGAGUUUAUUGUCCAGGUCAAUGACAUCAACGACAACAUCCCCGUGUUCCCCAGAUCAUACAGUGGGUCCAUUAUGGAGAGGUCCACCAUAGGAACCAAAGUUGUUGAGGUGAAGGCGACUGAUGCCGACGACCCGACCAGCGCCAACGCAGAGCUCAAGUAUUCUCUGACCCACGAUGGAGACACUUCUGCUUUCACUAUCGACAGCGCCACAGGUGUGAUCAGCUGCAACGUGAACACUCUGGACCGGGAGAGUAAGAGUCAGUAUGUGGUGGUGGUCAAAGCUCAGGACCUGAGAGGACUCGCCGCCGGCAACACGGCCACCACCUCUGUCACCAUCACCAUCACAGACACCAACGACAACAUCGCCUCUUUUGCCCAAAAGGUCUACUGGCUGGAGGUUCCAGAGGACCACAAGCUGAAUGAAAAGAUCGGGACUCUAGAGGUGGUGGACAGAGAUCAGAUCCAGAACAAAGAACCUAUCUUUACCAUUCUAAGUGAAAACAGCAAGGUGUUUAACGUUGAGCUCAGCCCCAGCAAGGACGGAAACCUCAUGCUUAAGCAGGCUCUGGACUACGAGACCACGAACAGCUACACCAUCAACGUCCAAGUGGGGGAGAACCUGAGGAACCUGCGUUUUCCUGCCGACAACGCGAACAGCGCCCUCCCCGCAGCUCAGGUAAACAUCAAGGUGUUGGACGUGGACGAGCCUCCAGUCUUCUCUCAGCCCAUCUACACCUUCACUGUGGUAGAAGAACGGAUGGUGAACAGCAUCGGGAUGAUCGCUGCCCGGGAUCCUGACAAAGCCAAGUUGACCAUACGGUACUCCAUCUUAGACAAAGACUGUCCUAUCAGCAUCAACCCCCUCACUGGACAGCUGUCCACCCUGAGGACAUUAGACAGGGAACUGGAGGCCACACACAUGUUUCAAGUCAAGGCGCAGGAGGAGCCCAGUGGUUUGGAAGCAUUCGUGAAAGUGAACAUCAUCGUUCAGGACAUUAACGACAACAAGCCCGAGCUGGCCGUGGAUGAGAUCUUUGUGUGUGAGAACGACGUCACUAAUACGGUGAUCGGAACUCUGAGAGCUACAGAUAAAGACGACCAGCCGGCGUCUUUCAGCUUCGGCCUCAGCAGUAAGAGCUCCAACUUCUCCAUCAGAGACUACGGCAAUAACACAGCAGACAUCAUGGUGAGACAAGGCCCGUUCAGCCUGGACGACCCCAAGGAUUACAACGUGGACGUGCGGCUCAGCGACGGAGGACGACCCAUCCAGACCAGCAUCACCACACUAGCCAUCAAGUCGUGCCGAUGUGACGCCAGACGGAUUCCCACGCAGUGCAAAGCCAGCGCCCGCCGGAUGUCAGUGAGCGUCCACGCCCUCAUCGCCAUCCUGCUCUGCAUACUCACCAUCCUGGUUAUCGUGAUCCUGUUUGGGAUGAGGAAACGCUACCAGAAGGAUUCUCUGGCCAAUAUUAAGAACUGCGGCGAGAUCCACGAGCAGCUGGUCACGUACGACGAGGAGGGAGGAGGCGAGAUGGACACCAAUGGAUACGACGUCUCCAUCCUCAGCUCCGCUUGCCAGGACGGCUCGCUGCUCCGCCACGCCGAGCGCCACCCCCACCCCUCCCUCUACGCCAUGGUGCAGAAGGCCCCCCACCCCACCGCGUGCAAGGGCGACAUGGCGGCGAUGAUCGAGGUGAAGAAAGGCGAUGCGGACCACGACCGCGACGGCUUCCCGUUCGACACGCUGCACAUCUACGGCUACGAGGGACCCGAGUCUCUGGCCGGAAGCCUCAGCUCCCUGCAGAGCUCCUCCACCGGAUCCAACCUGGAAUACGACUUCCUGAACGACUGGGGGCCGAGGUUCAGGACCCUGGCCGAGCUGUACGGAGUGGACGAGCCCGACUAUUACCACCAGUACUGAUGGACCAUGUCUGCUAACAAGCGUCCACGAUGCCAAAACACACACAUGUGCAAGACGACCAUAAAAACACACACACACACACACACAGAACCACACUUUCAUGCUGUCCACAUUGUUCCUGGGGGAGGAGCUUCGGUCUGCAGACGUCCGUGUUCCUCUGGAUCCUAGAAUCCGGGCGCUCUCGUUUCCAGAGUAACUUCAACUAACUUUUGUCGUCGAGUGUAAUUCACUGAAUCCGUUAGUCAAGGAAGCUGAACCAACAUUUUUGGGAAUGUCUCAUUUUUCUCUUUUUUGUGAAGAGAUGUUGGAAGGAGGCGUCAGGAAAGAUUCAUAAAUUUGCACCAAGACAAGAAGCUGUAGGAGAAAGUGACAUCGAAUCAUCUCCACAGAUUAUCAAAGAGGAUCCGUUGUUCAGAAACAUGAAGCUGUGUUUUAUUUGAUUGUGGGUGAUUCAUGUUCUCAUCAGGUCAGCAAUGUUAUUCAUAUUCAGAGCACCAUUUUGCAUCCCCCCUUUUCUCAUCUCUACUACUAUCUAAAUUUUUUUUUUAAAAAGAUAGUUUUCAAACGAUAAGAAUAGAAAACAAAAAAAGACAAAUGCUCAAAACAGCUCUCUUUAAAAAUGGGCCACGAACAAAGUGAGAGCAAGGUGAAUUUAUUUUUGAUCUGAGAUGGGGAGUUUGAUUUGUAAAUAUUGUCGCUUGAGUUUUGUUUUAUUUUGUGGUGAUGUUUGAUCACAGCGAGACGCCGGAUGUGUUUUGUUUGUUCUAGAAUCUGUACGGGAGGUUUAACUGUGAAAAGCUUUCACUGUUCAUAAGCCUAUGAUGUGCAGAAGGUUGUUUUUCUGAAUUUCUCAGGCGUUGAUCUGCAACAUGUCCUGAAAUCCAAUCAUCUCAAAGGAGACAUGUGUGACGCUUUUUCAGUUUUUCUUUCCUUGAGUGCGAUAUAUAAGUUUUUAUUGUAAAUGUCAAAGUUCUGGAAAGUUAAAAAGCUUAUCUGAUACGCCCCCUAACAAAGCUAGGUAAUAUCCUGGAAGCGAUGGACCAAUCAAAGAAAAGUGAGCCAGCUGGCCAAUCAGAGCAGACUUAAAGAGACAGGAGCUAAAACUUAGUGUUUCAGACAGAGGCUGAAAAGAGGAGCUGCAGCGAUGGACAGUUUCUAAACCUUUUACAGGAAUAAUACAAAUUAAAAUAUAAACCUAAAUACGUCUCCUUUAACAUGACACCAGCUGUUUGGCAAGAAACGUUGCAACCUUACAAAAUCUCUUUCCCUUUUUGUGAUUUUUAAAACCCAACGUCUGAUAUAACCGAGGAGUCAUUAUCUGCACUGAGAAGAGAACAAUGCACAGACAGGGAGGAAAUGACAGGAUCGCUGCUCGGACAGAAUUACAGCGCGUUCCCAGCUUUUAUUUGACAGAACCCAUCAUCACAGUUAUUGUUGAGAUGAAAGCUCCAAAUCUCUGAGGCCAACGAGAACAAAAACUCAUUCAGACAACUCCGGAAACGCCGAGUGGCAGAAGCAGCUAGUUGGGCAGCUGAGGUGGCUCCAAUAACUUUAACCUCUCAUCCCUUUUGGCUACUGACUGGUCUCAGAUCCAAAAUUACUGUUUUACAUGCGAAUCUGGAUCAAAAAUCUGUGGACUGGUUCUGCAUAAACCAGACUUGAAUCCUUUUACUUGCACAGAGCUAUUUAUUCUCUGUAUUUGGUGUUUUCAAUACGGCAAAUUAAAGUAUUCAUGUUUUAUCAUAUUGGGCUGAUUAGUGAGUUUUACAUUCUGAAUUUACGCAGGAAGGCGACAGCUUUUAGACUAUGAUUAUUUUUCCAUCUGGAAGAGCUAAUUACUCCUUGAGGCGAUUCUGAUAUCCCCAUUAUGAAUAACUUCUCAAAAACACAAUAACUUAAUAGGACCUUGAGAUUAUUGAUGGUUCCAGGAGCAGUUACACAGAAAACAACUUUAAGUCAGUUUGCCUUAUUUUUCAAGUUGUGCCCAUUAAGAUCUGAUUGUCAAAGCAAUAUCUGAAUUCCUUCUCGUGUCCUCUGGUGAAAACUCCAUCACCACAUGUCUUUAUGACAGUUUUUGUUGAUUUUACUCAAAGUUUAUUUGUUUUCCUGUUUAUUCUGUUGUGCUUGGACUGGAACUUGUUUCAUUAAAACUCCGGCCUGCUUGGAAUGCCGUCUGAUAAACAUUACACACAAUAGCUGGAAGCCCGUCAAUGCUUUCCUGUUGGGUUCACAUAUAUAUUUACUGAGAGCAGCCCGAUUCCUCCGCCUCGCUCCUUCUCCUGCUCUCACUCGUUGUUUGCAUCACCGACCCCCCCUCCCCCACCUUUAAUCAGCUAAACCAAACCGUGGUCUCAGCUUCCUGUCCAUCUGGGGGUGGGCUGUGCCCGCCCCUUCCUGUGCGCGUUAUCUCUCUCCUGAGGCGACACAUUGUUCUCACUUCCUGUUUGGGAAACAGCCUCAGCCUCGGAGCGGAAGAAGGAGAAACCUGGGAUGAGGUCGAGGAAGACAAGGAGAACAAUGUCGAGCGGCGAUGAGUUUUCCAGCUGAGCAGAAAAACUCCUCGGCGACAUUCUGUUACCUCGGCAAAAUCAAUAUCCAUUAUUCAGUUGAGAUUUCAGAUUAACUGAAAAGUGGCAUCAAAAGAAAUGUAUUGUUUUAAACUCCAAAGAACUUUUACUCUUUGUUAUGUUUCUAUAAAGUUUCUUUUAAGAACGAUGUAUUUACAGCUCUUAUUGCUUUGGAGGACUUUUUCCUGAAUAACAUCUAAAAUAUUGAUGUUUUUUUGUUUUUAAGGGUUUUAAAAGUCACGUCUCCGUUUACUGAACAAACAGCGAUUUACUUUUCUGGCUUCUGCCUUUGAAUCAAAGAACAAAAGAAUAGACUCAGAAUUUGAGGAAAAUACUUUUCAUUUCAAACUCGAGGUUCUCGAGGAGAUAGUAUUAAUUUUGCUUUUUGUGUCUGUGUAUUAUCACUCUUUCUUUUUAAAAAAAAUAAAAUAAUGGAUAUGUGAAGACACAAUCAUCCGCCUGCAGCAGACAGCGAAGCCCAAUUAUCUUCUCUCCGAGCAGCAAUAAGUGUGAGGUGAGCUGAGGGUGAAUCAAUCUGAGACUGAGGUGUCAUUUGCCCACGUUUUCCUCUUUCAUACUUAUUAUUAGGUGCAAUCAUCGAACACUAAUUACACAUUUCCACAUCCUCUGAAGUACUUUAUAUUUUCCUCUGUGUUUUGUAUUAAUGUGAAACACACCAAUCUUUUCAACAGUUUUGAAGGUCGGUUACAAAACUGUAAAGAACUCACAAUAAUCUGUUUCUGAGUCAUUUUAAUAGGAUUCAAAAGGUUCAUGUUUGUUAUUGUGGCUCAAAAUUACAGCAACAUAACAAAAUAAACAUAUUGUCUGGAAAUGUUCAAUAAAACAUUUUCAUUACAAUUAAAAAUAAAUCUCAGGUUGAGGCUCCAGGACAAAAAAAAGUAAAAAGUUCACCAUGUCAAGAAAAGAAAUAUACUGGUAAAAUACAGAUCUUAGUUAAUUGUACCAUCAUCUCUGUGUUAAGGAAGCAUAUACUUUGAGUGAAAUGUAUAUAUCUAUAUAUGAAAACUGUGCCUGGUCUCACCUUGUUUCUUUGAUUUCAUCUAGAAGAAGUUAAACUUUAUUGCUGUAAAAAGUUUUUAAAAAAAAGGUAAAUUUUCUGAACCACAGAGGGAAUAGUGUGUGAUGGACAAUGUGAUAUUCUGUUUGUGUCCACUUGUGUGUGUGUGUGUGUCUGUGUGCUUGCAGUUGAACCCAUGUACAAACACACAAAUAAGCAUCAAACCAAUAAAAAUAAGACCCACAUAGAUUUUUCUUGUGUAAAUAGACUGAGGAGCAACAUGUGCCUUUAUUCCUUCAAAAAAUACUGUAUUUCCUUUUUUUUGACGGUGAACACAAUGUUUUUAUAUUGUUUUUAUGGUGUAUAACAACUACUUUUUAUUACCUGACAUUUUUGUAAGUGAAGAAUAAAAAUAAUCACUUGAAUAUG